UGCCUCGAUAGUUUCUAAUCAAAAGUCUAGGACACAGCACUAUAGGAAUACGUCAAGUUGACAUUGACAACAAUCAGCUGAUAAAAUGUGACAAACGAACGGGCUGUGUUCUUAUACGAUUUAUAAUACAUUUUUUUAAAACUUUUAUUUAUGCAAGAAGUGCUAGUUUCUUGUCUCUAGAAACUUCUUUACACAAUAUUGUUGAUGUACUCAUUUUGUAAACUUUUUAUUAAAAAGAACGUAUCACGUUGUCAUUCAUUCGUGUGAUGUGUAUUGUGUUUGGUGUUACAGUUUACAGUGGUGCAAUUUCGAAAAAAACUUGUAAAUACUAUAAUAAUGAAGUCUAAAAGGCAGCAAAAUAAGUCAGAAUUAAUUUGUGCGUACUGUGGAAAAGAAUUCAAAUACGAAAGUGAGCGAAAAAGGCACGAACAGAGUCACUCGCCUCAAUUUGAGUGUAAAGUUUGUGCUAAAAAGUUUAGUUUCCUUUCUGCUGUGCGAAGACAUGAAAAACAACACGAAAGAACAGGGAGUGUUUCUUGUAAUGAGUGCAACCGCAAGUUCCGUGAUGAGACACUUCUAGAAAGGCAUAUUAAAUAUGCCCAUAAAGGCACCUUCACAUGUACCAAAUGUGACACAGCGUUUAGCAGCGAGCUGGCUCUUCGUGCUCACUCAAAGACUCACAGGCCGAAGUCAGAAAGGCAGUACCGCUGCAGUUUCUCUGGCUGCACGAAGACAUUCAAUUUCACCCACCAUUUGAAACACCAUGAAUUAACCCAUACAAAUACGAAACAGCACCACUGCAGUGUUUGUGGGAAAGGUUUCAUCCAAUUGCACCAUCUAAAAAGUCACUUAAAGAAACAUGGCCCUGAAAACUGGCUUACUUGUGGGAUAGCUGAGUGCAAGAAGACUUUUCCUACGGAAUAUGCACUUAAAAGGCAUAUUGCUACUCAUAAUAAAAUUAAGCUUGAUGACAUUGAUGAAUCAUCUUCAGAAAGAAAAUCUUCAUGUGACGUCACUGAGUUGAUAGAAUCAGAUACAGUUACCAGCUCUACAUGUGACCAAGUAAGUUUACAAGAAUUUCCCCACACGGAUUAUCUAAAAGAAUGCGGUGUCGAGAAAGAAGUUAUAAACACUGAAAAUAAUUCCAAAGCCAAAGACAACCAACUAAAAAACUCGGAAGCAGUGAGAAUAGACUUUGAAGAUGACAUAAGUACUUGUAAGUCUUUCGUCGGCGGAUGCAUCAUGGGUGCAGAUGCGAAUGGCAACGAUAAAUGCUUGUGUGCACAAAUAUCUAAACAUACCAUUAAUUACGAAUUAAGUCCUAAUGAAAACACACCGAUACAACUUGAGAAUACACCUAAAAAGACAGUUGAAAACGUAAAAGAUGACGUUUGCGGAGACUGUGAAUGCUCUAACAAUAAAAAUUGGUGUGCUACUUCUUUGAAUCAAAACUUUUCAGUGUCAGAUGUUAACAAAGAUCUUCCGAAAAUAGAGUACAAACAUGAUGGGACCAUUAGAAUCACGGAUACAUUUGACAUUGAUAUUCCUAGUGGUAAAGCAAAAGAAGAUUUGGAUAUGGUUCCUUACAAUAGUUGUAAGGCGGUACUGGGCAAGUGCAUUGUUGGCGGCAACGGAACGAUCGACGAAGGUUGUCUAUGCGCUAGGAUGGCGAUGGACGACCAGCAAAUGAUCGCGCAGGAAAUAGACGAACUUACACCGUGUCCUAAAUGAAAUACGUCUGAAUUUGCUCUACAGGAUGUAGAAGAAAACAGGCGUUUACAAGGUAUAUGCCCAUUUUGCUUGAACUUUACCUACUGAAAAUCGUAUAAAGUACUAAGUUUCAAAUAAAACAGAAUAGGUAUGUAAUGUACGUUGUUAGUUUCCAAAUUAAUAUUCGCUGACACUUGAGAAAUGUUAAAAUAAUAAUUAUAACAAACAAAUGCUAUUGUUAAUUUAACAUAUUAUUAUUUAUUUUUUAAAAUAUAUUCGCGCUUAAGAUAUAAAGUGAUAUUUCAUAUCUAACAUCGUGAUCUUUUCGCUAUUUACGUCAUUCAAGGCAGUAAAUCAUACAUUUACGAUACGAGAUUUUAUCGAAUCGAAAUCUAAAGUGUAUCACAUUGUCAAGAUGCUACAGCGCACAGAUCAGCAACUAAUAAAGUUUCGAGAACUGCUCCGAUUUCGCGUCCACAUGUAUGUUGAAGUUUUGAACCACGUCCUGUGAUUGUAACUAUCUAGUUUAGUAAAACUUAGGCCAUAUUAAUGAGACUUAUAUUUUUGUUAUCUUUUAGAAUUAGUGCUAUAUUAAUGUCAGACCAAAAAGAUGUUAUACUUAUCUAUUUUAUUAUAAAGUUAUGCUAGGUGUAAGAACGAAGUUUUAUCCUUUUCCAUUUUUUAUACAAAAUAUAUUUAUGUUAAAACGAAGACAAUAUUGUUUUUCUAUAUUCACGGUUUGUAUUUGUUACUAGAGUUGACAAUACAAUGUUUGAUCCUACCUUUAAGCUGUUUUAGAAAGUAACAUGGCUACAUUAGGGUACUUACAGCAUUCGGUGUGAAAUUGCUUAGGAAAUCAUUUGAUUUUAAUUUUCACAAGGUCCAACCGGUAAUCGAACUUACGCCCAAAGUAUUAGAUACCACCACAGCGCCAUUGGGUAAUUAUCGUUUAUGCAUCUCUAUCUUAUGGUUUAUGGUUUAAGACAUUUAUUUCUCUAAAAGAAUUACAUUCACUUACAAGAGAAAUACAAAAUUAACCUUAAAACUAUAGAUUAUUUAAAGUUUAUACAAUUUU